CUUGUAUUCUUGUUCUUAGUUUGAAUUGAGUGUGUUUGCUAUCUUAUUGUAGAAAUUUGCAACGACUGUCAGUUUCCUAACCUCUUUGCCGACGAAUGUUCCGGUGUUUCAUAUUGUGUUCAGUUAAUAGUAACAUAUAAUCACAUAACAUGAUGUCGCGGUCUGUGCGUGCAGAGACUCGUAGUCGUGCCAAGGAUGAUAUUAAGCGUGUAAUGCAAGUCGUUGACAAAGUUCGCCAUUGGGAAAAGAAAUGGGUUACAAUCGGAGAAACUACUAUGAAGAUUUAUAAAUGGGUACCUAUAUCGACACUUGAUCAGAAGAAGAAAGGAAAAACAGUUGCAGACAAAGAAAAUGGUUUGCCAAGAAAAAGUGGAUUAGAUUCUUCAAAUUCCAACUUUGGUCUUACAGAAGAUUCAAAUACAUGUUUUUCAACUGUUAGUGAUUCUCAAGGAUUAACAGACUUUUCUGCGCAUCUGGGAUUUUCAGAAGAUUCCAAUUCACAAAAUAGUGAACCAACACCUAAAAGGUUAAAGACUGAUUAAAGUUUAUCUUGUAACUGUUAUUUGAGAUAUAAGAUAUUUAGGAAAUCAUUUUUAUCUUCUACAAAAUUUGCACAUUAUAAAGUUAUCUUAAAUCAUGAUUGUAAAUUGACAAAUUCAAAGAAAUUUCAUUUUUCAUUUUAUUCUAUUUAAUGAAUAUUUUUUCAUUGAAGAAAAGAUAAUCAUAUUAAACAAUUUAAGUUUAACAUAGUAAAUUUAUUUUUUUAUACAUGAAUUUAUUACAAAUUAACAUGGUUUAAUUUAGAAAUCACAAUUAAUGGUAUUUUAAUAAAAAAUUCGUUUCAGAUAUUCAGUGCAUUUUAUGAUCUGAUUUGAAAGAGACAACAAAAAUGUAGUAUAAAAUUAUUUUUCAAAACAGAUUAUAUAUUUUAAAUAAUAUUCAUAUCAUCAUAAUAUUAUUUAAUUCAUGAAAUACAAACAAGAUUUUCAUUGAUUUAAUUAUAACAUCUUAAUCAUUGACAUAUAGAAUCUGGGACAUGUAAAAUAGAUAAUGAUACUUAUUUUUGCUGUAAAAUAGUACCUCCAAAAUACUUAUGUAUAAUGUUACAUUUAUCUUAAAGCUAUUUAUGUGUCUAAACAUAAUCACAUGUUCAAUAGUUGUUUGAUAAUUGAGUAUCAUUGUACAUACUUCAAAUACCAUUUUUUUGCUGAUUUAUAUUUUACAAUGAACUUGCAUUCCUUGAGAUUAUGUUAUAGCACCAUGAAAUGUACAAAAUACGCUUUGACACUUAUAAAUAAAAGAAUAAAAUUGCGAAUGUUUGAAUUUAUAUUUACAUAAGUUUUUAAGAAAGCAGAAAAUGCUUUGGUAAUGUUAUUACAUAAUCAUUUUCAUUUAUUUAAAAGCUAAUGUACUUAAAAUAUAUAAUAUUUAAACAUUUAUUAAAAGGAAGCAAGAAAAAAAUUUAUUACAUAGUUAAUUAUUACAAUUUCUGUAUGAUAACUGUAUAUAUAAAUUCUUAUCUAUUAUUUUAAUAAUUUGUGUGUGUACGUUAUGGACUAUGUACAGAAAAAAUCCGAAUAUAAAAAAAAAAUUUAAUGUCUUUUUUAAUACCUUUAAUCUAGUGAUAAUCUUUAAUGAAAGAUUUUUAUAUUUGAAU